GAUUUGAAAUUUUUGAAUUUUUUUGUUUGGAAAUCUAAAACAAAACCAAGGAAAAAAAAUGACACAUAAUUACGUUGUCACUGCUCAAAAAUCUACAGCAGUUUUUAAUGCCAUUUCAGGAAAUUUUACAUCACCGACCGAUUUGAAUUUAAUUCUAGAUAAAUUAUGUCGAAUCGAAGUUCAUCUGGUAACAGCCGAAGGAUUACGUUCAUUAAAAGAAAUUCCUAUUAAUGGUAGAAUAUCUGUUAUAAAAUCUUUUCGUAUGCCGAAUGAAGAUAAAGAUCUUUUGUUUAUUAUGACACUUAAAAAUAAUUUAAUGAUUUUGGAAUUAAGUCGUGAUUCAAAACAUGGUGAUUUUGAAGUGAAUACACGUGCUCAUGGUAUUAUUACAGAAAAAUCUGAUCGACCAUCCGAAAAUGGUACCAUUUGUGAUCUAAAUGCUAAAGCCAGAAUUAUUGCCUUGCGUAUUUACGAUGGUAUAUUGAAUGUAUUGAAAUUAGAUUUCAAAAAUCGGAACAUCAAAUCUUACAAUAUUCGUGUGGAAGAAAAUACACUUAUAGAUUUUGUAUUUCUUCAUGGCUAUGAUAAACCAGUACUUUGUUUUAUUUAUCAAGAAGAUCGUAGUCGUCAUCUAAAAACCUAUGAAAUAACCGAAGAUCGUGAACUUCGUCGUGGUCCAUGGUUACAGGAAAAUAUUGAAUCCGAUUCAUCAAUGUUGAUACCAGUAUGUGAACCAUAUGGUGGUGUAAUUGUUGUUGGCCAAGAAUCAAUUACUCAUAUUAUUGAUCAAAAUCAAUAUACUGCUAUUGCACCGCCAGAAAUAGCAAGUUCAAAUUUUUCAUGUUAUUGUAAAAUUGAUAAUGAUCGUUUUUUGCUUGGUGAUUUAAGUGGACAAUUAUUUAUAUUGAUUUUACAUCCAAAUGUUCAAGUUGCUUCAUCAUCAUCGGCACCAGUUUCACCAUAUGGUUUGAAAUUAAUUUCAUUGGGUGAAACAUCUGUUUCCAGUUGUCUUUCAUAUUUGGACAAUAAUUAUGUAUUUGUUGGUUCAAGAUUUGGUGAUUCACAAUUAAUCAAACUUAAACACGAUGAUAAUGAUACGAAAAAAUAUAUUGAAAUUAUUGAUACAUAUGUUAGUUUGGCACCGAUUGUUGAUAUUCUGGUUGUUGAUCUUGAUAAACAAGGUCAAGAUCAAUUGAUUACCUGUUCAGGUGCUUAUAAAGAAGGAUCAUUACGUAUAAUUCGAAACGGUAUUGGUAUUAAUGAAUUGGCUACGAUUGAUCUACCUGGAAUCAAAGGUGUAUGGCAAUUAAAAGUUGAUUCAAUAUUUGAUAAUGUUGUUGCAAUGGCUUUUGUUGGCCAAACAAAAUUAUUAAAAUUAAAAAAUGAAGAAGUUGAAGAAACAUUUAUACAAGGUUUUGAUUGUUCACAAGAAACAAUGUAUACCGGUAAUAUUCGUAUAAAUCAUAUUGAAAUGAUUGUACAAAUAACGGCAAAUUGUAUUCGAUUAAUAUCGAUCGAUGAUAAUCGAAUUACAAGUAAAUGGAUUCCAUCAAAUAAUAUAACAUUAGUUUCAGUAAAUGAUAAACAAAUUUUAUGCAGUUCAAGAAAUAAAUUAUUAUAUUUGGAAGUUAUUGAAACGGAAAUCCGAUUAAUAAAUGAAAUUGAAAUGGAAUUUGAAGCAUCUUGUUUGGAUAUUAGUUCGUUAAUGGAAAAACAAAGUAAACUUUGUGCUGUUGGUUUAUGGAAAGAUAUAUCGGUUCGUAUAAUGAGCAUACCGGAUUUUAAACUUUUACAUACAGAAAAACUUGGUGGUGAAAUUAUUGCACGUUCAACAUUGAUGGCACAUUUUGAUCAUACUAGCUAUCUAUUCACUGCAAUUGGUGAUGGAUCAUUACUUUCUUAUAUUCUGGAUACUGAGAAUGGUACAUUAUCGGAAAAGAAAAAAGUUGUUUUAGGAACACAUCCAACAUUUUUAAAAAUGUUCAAAACAAAUUCAUCAAGCAAUAUAUUUGCCUGUUCCGAUCGUCCGGCUGUUAUUUAUUCAAGUAAUAAUAAGCUAAUUUUUUCGAAUGUAAAUUUAAAAGAAGUAAAUAAUAUGUGUACAUUAAAUUCGGAAGGUUAUCCGGAUUCAUUAAUAUUGACCAAUGAUAGUCAAUUAUUAAUCGGUCAAAUUGAUCAAAUUCAAAAGCUUCAUAUUCGAACAAUACCGUUGAAUGAAACACCAAGACGUAUUGCUUAUCAAGAAUCAUCACAAACAUUCGGUGUUAUAUCGAUGCGUUAUGAUGUACAAUUAGAAGAUGGUCAAAUGGUUUCAUCACGUAUUAGUGCCAGUACAUUAGCACAAAAUAUUACUCAUUCACGAUCAUUACCAACGAUGGUAAAACCGACACCGAUUUCGAAUCAUUUUUUCCCCAAUGAAUUGGAAGUUUAUCAUCUGUUGAUUAUUGAUCAAACAACAUUCGAAGUUUUACAUGCACAUCAAUUUAUGGUCAAUGAAUAUGCAACUAGUUUAGUUUCAUGUAAACUUGGUAAUGAUCCUAAUUAUUAUUAUAUUGUUGGUACAACAUUUAUGGUUUCGGAUGAAAUUGAACCAAAAGCUGGUCGUAUUAUUGUAUUUCAAUUGAUUGAUGGUAAACUACAACAGGUUGCCGAAAAAGAAAUUAAAGGUGUACCGUUUUGGUUACAUGAAUUUCAUGGUAAACUUUUAGCAUCAAUUAAUACAUCUAUUCGAUUGUUUGAAUGGACAUCAACACAUGAACUACAUAUGGAAUCAUCGGUAUUUUCAUCCACAUUAGCCAUUCAUACGAAAACCAAAGGAGAUUUUGUUCUUCUCGGUGAUUUGCUUCGAUCUUUUUCAUUAUUUGCCUACAAUCCACUUGGUGGAAAUUUUACUCAAUUAGCACAUGAUCUCGAAUCAGCUUGGCUAUCAGCAAUGGAAAUUAUUGAUGAUGAUACAUUUAUCGGUGCUGAUACUAAUUUCAAUCUAUAUUUGGCACAAAAAGAUAUGAAUGUGGCUGAUGAUCCGGAUAGAUCAAAAUUUCUUCAACAAUGUGGUUUCUUUCAUUUAGGUGAUCUUGUUAAUGUUAUGAAACAUGGUUAUCUUGUAAUGAAUUAUCCACAUGAAAUGAAUAAUCCUAUCGUUAAUAAACCGAUUCUUUUCGGUACUUAUUCUGGUAGUAUUGGUUUAAUUGCACAAAUACCAAAAGAUUAUUAUGAAUUUCUAUUGAAAUUACAAAAAAAUCUAACAUCCAAAAUUAAAUCUGUUGGAAAAAUUGAUUAUGAUUUUUGGCGUACAUAUACAAAUGAUAAGAAAACUGAACCGGCAUUGAAUUUUAUUGAUGGUGAUCUUAUUGAAUCAUUUUUGGAUUUAAACAGUACCGAAAUGGCUGAAUGUGCUGAAGGAAUAAUGUAUAAUAUAAAUGGCCAGAACCGUAAAGCGAAUGUAGAUGAUAUUAUUAAAAUUGUUGAAGAAUUAUCUCGAAUACAUUAGUGAUUUGGUGAUCAUUUACAUCAAAGGUAAUGGAAUUAUUGAACGAACAAACGGAGUUUUG